CAAAAAUCUCUCAGUGUUUUCUACUUCUCUCUUCUGUUUGUGAAAUCGUGAAAAUAUCAUAAUGGGUGGCGUGAAGCGAAAGAUUCCGAUAGAGAUGAUAGGGAAGAAAGAUUCAAGAGCAGUGGCAUUCUCCAAACGCACAAAGGGUCUCUAUAGCAAAGCGGCUGAGAUUUGCCUUCUCGCCGAUGCAGAAAUUGCGAUCUUGGCAACUCCCGUUUCUUCCAAUUCCAACGCUUCUUUCUACAGCUUUGGUCAUUCAUCUGUGGAUAACGUUGUCGCCGCUUUCCUCGCUAAUCAGCGUCCUCGGGAAGAUCUAGGGUUAGGGCUAGGGUUCUGGUGGGAGGAUGAGAGGCUUGCAAAAUCAGAGGAUCCGGAGGAACUGAGAGACGCGAUUAACUCAAUGUCGAAGAUGUUGCAAGAUCUCAAGGAUUCGCGUUUCAAUGCCUUGCAGAAUCGACUAGAUUGUGAGGACGUGGAGAAGAAGGGUUUACUAGACGGAACUCAUCAAAACCAUACUCUUAAUAAUCCUGAAUCUUGUUGCGACAACGAGAACAACUAUGCUUUACUUGGAAACGUGGAUGGAUGCAAUCAGGAGUUGUUGGACAUUGAUCAAAUCAUUCAUUUUGAGCCGACGGAUCAAGAGUUGUUGGACAUUGAUCAAAUCUUUAAUUUUGAGUCGACGAGUUCAUCAGUGAAUUCACAGUUGGAAAACAUCUCGAUGGUGACACCAAAUCAUCAAAACUCCUUCUCUGAUUCUAAUGCUGUUGUAGAUGAAGUUCACACUGAUUUGUAUGAUGAUAAUAUCCACUUGUCCAAUUUAGAUGAAGAUCUGAUGCUACAGAUUUCUGACAACAACUGCAUAAACAACAAUGUUUUAUCUGAAAACUUUGAUGAAUUCAUUCAAGAGCUGGAUCUUGAUCAUAUCUUUGAUUUUGAGACGAAUUAUAUGAAGAGCUUUGAGAUGGAUGAUGUCUCGAUGGUGACUACGAAUUCUGAAACAGUUGGAGAUGGAGGAUUAGUGACUGAUCACAUAGAUUUGGAUGAGGAUAAUCUAUGCUUUUCUGAUUAUUUCAAUGAACUAACCUCCCCUGCUCCAAUCUGA